UCGCUUCCCACUUGGCAAGAAAGCGCUAAAUUCGUUUUCUUCCGAGCAUCCGCAACCAAGAUCCCAACCCAACAUUCCCGCGGCCUUCCGUCGGUGGAGCAAACUCCCGGCAGCAACGCCCAGCCCCGGGCGGGAUCGUUCGAAUUUGCCCACUUCGCCCGCGGACCCCGGCUCCAUCCCCACAUGCCUCCCAGCCUGGGGAAGAGGAAGGGGAAGGGCCGAGCCGGAGAGUGGGGCUUGGUCUGAUGGGGAGGGACGCGCGGCAGUGUCAUCGGGAACUGGCGGCCCGGUGAAGCAGGAGCCGCCGGCAGUCCGCCUGCACCCAGCCGUUCCGCGCCGCGGCCGCUCAGCCUCUGCCAUGGCCGGAUCCGGCGCGUGGAAGCGCCUCAAAUCUCUGCUGAGGAAGGAUGAUGCGCCGCUGUUCUUAAAUGACACCAGCGCCUUUGACUUCUCGGACGAGGUGGGGGACGAGGGGCUUUCUCGGUUUAACAAACUUCGAGUCGUGGUGGCCGAUGAUGGUUCUGAAACCCCGGAAAGGCCUAUUAACGGGGCGCACCCGGCCCUCCAGGCCGACGACGACUCCUUACUGGACCAGGACCUUCCUUUGACCAACAGUCAGCUGAGUUUGAAGGUGGACCCCUGUGACAACUGCAGCAAACAGAGAGAGUUACUGAAGCAGAGAAAGGCGAAAACCAGAUUGAGCAUUGCUGCCGUUCUUUACUUGCUUUUCAUGAUUGGAGAACUUGUAGGCGGAUACAUUGCAAAUAGCCUAGCAAUUAUGACCGAUGCCCUUCACAUGUUGACUGACCUAAGUGCCAUCAUACUGACCCUGCUUGCCUUGUGGCUGUCUUCAAAAUCACCAACCAAAAGAUUCACCUUUGGAUUUCAUCGCUUAGAGGUUUUGUCAGCUAUGAUUAGUGUGCUGUUGGUAUAUAUACUUAUGGGAUUCCUCCUAUAUGAAGCUGUCCAAAGAACUAUCCAUAUGAAAUAUGAAAUAAAUGGAGAUAUAAUGCUCAUUACCGCAGCUAUUGGUGUUGCAGUUAACAUAAUAAUGGGGUUUCUGUUGAACCAGUCUGGUCACCAUCACACCCAUUCCCACUCCCUGCCUUCAGAUUCUCCUACCACAGGUCCUAGGUUUGGACACAGCAAUGGGCAGGAUAGCCUGGCGGUGAGAGCUGCAUUUGUACAUGCCUUGGGGGAUUUGGUGCAGAGUGUUGGUGUGCUAAUAGCUGCAUACAUCAUUCGAUUCAAGCCAGAAUACAAGAUCGCUGAUCCCAUCUGUACAUAUGUAUUUUCAUUACUUGUGGCUUUUACAACAUUUCGCAUCAUAUGGGACACAGUAGUUAUAAUACUAGAAGGUGUGCCAAGCCAUUUGAAUGUAGACUAUAUCAAAGAAGCCUUGAUGAAAAUAGAAGAUGUAUAUUCAGUGGAAGAUUUAAAUAUCUGGUCUCUCACUUCAGGAAAACCUACUGCCAUAGUACACAUACAGCUAAUUCCUGGAAGUUCAUCUAAAUGGGAGGAAGUACAGUCCAAAGCAAAGCAUUUAUUAUUGCACACAUUUGGCAUGUAUAAAUGUACCAUUCAGCUUCAGAGUUACAGGCAAGAAGUGGACAGAACUUGUGCAAACUGUCAGAGUUCCAGCACCUAAUUUGAUGUUUGGGGGACUACUACCUUAUUUCUCCUGCAGUCACAGACCUGAGAGCAAUAAAUGCACACCUAAUGAGAAAAUGGAAUCCCUGACAGCUGUGUCCGUAUCAAGCACUGGUCUCUUAAAAAGUCACUCCAGCCUGACAGUGCUGGUUUCUCUUUGAUGGUAAAAUGAGACUUCACCAUGAUUUUCAGAUGAAGAUGUUUCCAAAACACUGUUUACAGAAUGAGACAUGACUCUACAGAUACCUCAUGGAAGACAAUCUAAGACCAUACUUCAUUAAUUAUGACAGAGUACAGAUCUUAAAGGAGGCAUCAAGAAUUCAGUAUUUGCAUUUAAAAAUCCUUUUUACUUAAAAGACCAUUUUAUAUCAAGCCAGUGCUGGAAAACUGAAUUUUUUUAUUAUGUAAUCUUGACACCCAGCUUCUGGAAUUUGACACCCAGCUCUCUUUUUUUACAGAAAAUAUUUCUCAACAGAUUUCAGAAAGUACUAGUAAUUAUCCAGAGAGUGGAAUAAGCAUGUAUUCCUAAGUGUUUGGAAAUGUUUUAUUUCAAAAAUAAGUCUUAAUGUUAGAGUUAAUACUUUAUAAACAACUUUUUCCAGAUGUUACAGGGUUUUGAAUCUCAAAGUUAGCAUUUUUGGUUAUUUGUAAUCUUACCAGAACCAAAUCUUUACAUAUUAUGGUCACUGUCAUUAAAUUAUUUAGGAAAUAUUUUCAAUAUUAUUCUGAAUGGCAGAAAUUAAUCUUAAACUCAAAUUACUAUAUGAUAAUUUAAAACGAAAUAUAGAAGCGAGGAUGGGGUGUGGACUUUCAAAUUUAAGUCUUCCUGAAAUCACUAUCAUUGCUCUUGGAAUUAUCUCUGCUUAAGAACAACAAGAGACUGCAAAGCGUAAACAGUGAUCCUCUGUCCUUCUAAGAACUGCCUUACAUUUUGUACAGAAAGUUUGCUUGGGACUUGCUUCCUGCCUUUGUACCAGUUAAUCUGUGUGCCCUUUAAGGGUAAAGCUCUGGAGGGCUAAGGUUCAGUUUGUAAUACCCACCUCUGACGUGUAGGUUGACCACAUUCCUCCGGAGAGAAUUUCUGUUUGAUGAUUUGGGUUAGGGAUUCUCCAUGGGCUCCAGAAACUCUUAAGAUAUCAUUUUGAGGUUUUCCAAUAAUACUGUAGCAGAAAUGCUCACAGGGAUUGAGGGAAGAUACUCCUCUGAGAAAACAACAAUUUCAAGGGUUUUUGACUUUGUGUGUGUGUGUGUGUAAAGUGCUGGAAUAGGGAUGGACAUUACAUCUGUGUGGUAGGAAGGCUAAGCAAAAAGUUUCCAAACCGAAGGCAACCUAAUUGGUAAGAGUUGUGUUAAAGAGGCAACUGUGAAUCUUCAUGUUUCAUUUUGCAACUGUUCGUUUUGAGAUCUUUAUGGACAUUUGGAGUCCAUUUUCAACAGAGACAGUUUCUUAUACCAAGAAUGGAUAUGGUUCUUGGGUUCCUCAGAGAAUCAGAGCAGAGUAACAACAUACCAGACAAGUUGUGAAUUGAAAUUUUAUAUAGGCAUGCAGAUGACUUAUAAUAUAAAUGAAGAAUAGGAAACACAUUUUCAUCUUUCUGCCAAGUUCCUCACUGUAAGUAAACCUAAGAUAAAACCUGGAUUUACCUAAACGAUUGUUAAGAGUUCAUGGUAUCCAAUAAAAGGGUUGAUGAGGGUUAAUGGUAUCUAAUAAAAUCCAGUAAGUGUUUUUUGAAUUGAAAUUUUUACUUCAUGGGAUUCUUAUUGUGAAUCUACUUAAAACAAUGAUUUGAAUUUUUCAAAAAUUUCAGGAGCAUAUAAACUGUUUAAAUCAAAAUAUUCUUAAAUAUAGAAGGCAAGUAAGAAUAAAUGAGAGGGAUUUCAGUGGACAUCUGGGCAUUUAUGGACUUUGGGUACCUAGCAAGAGAAAGAACUAGAAUAUGCAUUAUAUGCUAAUGAAUUUUCCCAUAUUUGCAGUUCCCGGUAUCUACUGAGCUUGUUUCUUGUAAACUUUAUCUUAAACAGGUAUAUCUGACUUUUCAUAUUGACCUCUUCCUUGGAAAGUUAUUUGAUAAAACAGUCUAAAAUCCAUUCGAGGAUUGAAAAGGAUCCUUUUGUAAAAUGCAGAAAUACUGAAAACUUUUGUAAAUCUUAAUUAUCAUAUUCUGCUUAAAAUGAGAAGUAUACAUGAAGUUUCCUGUGCUUUGUUUUUUUGUAGCAAGAACUACAGAUUUUGUACUUGUACUUCACUGGGUCUGUGAGAUUUGAGAAUUGAUAGAUUUAACUUUUUGUAACUUGACAAAACCCACAGAGAAGGACGUGAAUGUAGCAGAUAUGACCAGGGACUGCACAGCUUCCGCUGAGCUACAACCACGAGUUACGCUCCUCACCCAGCUCUCAGAGAACGAGCUCCCCAUUGUCCUGUGGAAAGCCGUGGCUGAGUUUGGAUAAACACCUAGCAUUGUUCAUUUUGCACUGGGAAAACAGGUCACAGCAUAACAAAUGGGCAGUUCUUCAGUGCAAUGUAUUUUAAUUACCGUUUGCAAAUAAUCAGUUACUUGUAUACAUAAACCUGUGUUUCACAAUUCUGGCCAGAUGCAGCCUUUUGAUUUAUUUUAGGAAAAGAUCUAUUGUUUCAUUAAUGACCAUGCUGCCUUAGAAAUAUAAUGUGGGGGAUGUAGUUCAAUAAGGCAUAUUUCAGAGGGCUUUGAAAUGCAGAACUAGAAGCAACCGAAUUCCUGCAUACAGUGCCAUUAGCUGCGCCUUGUGUAACAUGAGCCCAGAUCUUCACGACUUGCAGCUCCCAUCGGUAUUGUUUGCCAGAUCACUAGAUUCCUUAUUUACUGUUUCCUCUUCAACUUUGGAUGAUUCAUUUCCAUUUUCUAAAACUAAGUGUCCUGCUCUUGGGAGUCUCUGUGUUCUGUUUCCGUCUCUUGAACCCAGGCGUCCUCACUGGCCGUGUUUGUCUGUAGUAGACUUUUCCCAGAAUAGACAUAGGUAAAUCAGAUACAUGAGCUUCCCUUUCAUUUUAAUGUGAGGAAAAGCCUCACAUUAAUGUGAAGAAAGACACGUUUGUGUCUUUCAGAGACAAAGACCACUUAUAAAUGUGUUUCUAGGCGGGGAAGAACCUUUUUUUAACAGCUGAUUGUUCCCUAUCCAGAUUUCUCUGCACACUGAACUUGAGAGAAUAAAUGUAGUAGAAACAGACUACUAUGCAACCACAAGUGAAGCUCAUUGCUAGUAAGGCUCUGGGUUUUGUUUCCUCAAACAACCACUCCCUCUGCUUUAGAAGAGAUAAUCAUUCACUUCUGAAACAAGCACAAUUAGCUAAAUUUAUAUUCUUUUUAUACAUUUAUAUUAAUAGGUUCACCAUAACAAAUAAGGUGUUCUUACAGAAUUUGAGCCCCUUUGGAAUAAGGUUUUAGGGAAUUUUGCUGUUGCCUCUGCCUUACAUAGAGUAAAUUUAAAGUUACAUAAUGUGUUCCUAGAUAUAAGGUUAGUUCAUUUGGUUCCGUGUGUCUUUGACCCAAGCUCAGCUCCUGAGCCAGGUGGGUAUCAGUCACAUGAGUAGUGACGCCUCGCUGUAUGCUGUGUUGAGGGGAGGCAAGUCUGAUCUCCAGAUAAGUGAUGAAGCUUAAUAUCUCUCGAACCAAAAUGGCAUUUGCAAAGCCUAACUACAGAUUGUCGUGUGCAUCCUGCCAGACAGGGCUUCAGAUGUGUUUUACAGAUCACCAGCCUGGGAUAUUGUUCGUGAUGUUGAAGGAGCAUGCAAAUUGGAAAGAAGAAAUUGUUGUGGGAGUUCCUCAGUAUUGAACUGUGUGAGUGCAUUCGGGACAGCCUGUCAUGAAUUCUCGCUUACCAAGGGUUUAACCUGUUCUUCUAAUCAUUGUGAGGACCAAGAAACAUUUUGAUUUUUGGUAAGAUUGGAAAACAUUUAUGGAGACUUUCCCAGUUAAAUCUAUGACAGUGUCAAUUUAAAUACUGCAAUUAAGUAUAUUCUGAAAUAACUAACACAAAAUUGAAAUGUGCCAGUAUGUCAGCUUUGCACCUGGAAGCUACUGUAUAUUUGGAAAGCUUAUGCUUCUCUAAAUAAAUAGAUGUUAUUAAGUAAGCCAUAUCACAGUUUAAGAAAUUGUAUAUACUUUUCCAUAUGCCCCUUCAGAAACCAGGUAUUUUGCAUAUGAUUGAUUUUAGAAAGAUUUUGAAGCUGGGGUUUGUCCAUGUAAUUUAAGAUCAUAGUAUAUGUAUAUGUACGUAUUUGCAAUUUUCAAAUUGUAAUUUCCUAUACAUUUAUUAAAUAAAGUAUUGUUUUGCCAUGUGGUUUAUUAAAAAAUGAGAAU